UCAAUCCCAGAGAACGAGGUCGCUUCUACAGAAGUCUAUUACCUUUUAGUGCCUGGGCUUCCACGGGCGCCGUUGGCAUGUGGGGCUUCUGUAGGCCGCUUAGGACUCUUCCGGGAGUAUUACGGCUGCCCUCUCGAAGAAGGGUAUUGGCGCACUUUAAAAGUGGCCCUACGCCCCUCCCUGUGGCCCCAGCGUGCAGUUACAGUACAGAUCGCUGUCUACAGACUUUUUGUGAGCAGAUAAAAAACAACCACAGGAAUGUGUUGCUAUUCAGCAGCAGAGGAACAGGAACACUGACAAGUACCAGUACACUAGAUGAAAACGCAUACGAGAAGUUAGCAGAAGACACCUUGGACUCGCUAGCUGAGUUUUUUGAAGAUUUAGCAGAUCAGCCAUUCACCCCAGAAGAUUAUGAUGUCACAUUUGGGAAUGGCGUUCUAACUGUCAAACUUGGCAGUGAUAUGGGGACCUAUGUGAUCAACAAACAGACACCAAACAAACAGAUCUGGCUGUCUUCUCCCACCAGUGGUCCCAAGAGAUACGACUGGACUGGAACUAUGUGGGUGUAUUCGCAUGAUGGAGUUUCCCUUCAUCACUUAUUGGCACAAGAAUUAUCUCUUGUGUUGAAAACAAAAUUAGACUUCUCUACCUUAGUGUAUGCUGGGGAGAACACAACAUGAAGGCCACAUAUCACUUUACCGUUUUGUUUUGUGAGGUUCUUCCAUGUCUUCGAAAGAUCAAAUUACAUAUAUACAUAUAUAUUUUUUCAACCUCGACUCCUAGUUUUAUUUCGGUUCUGCACUCAUCAUGCUUA